UGUUUAAAUGUUGAAUCACAACAUGGAAAAAUUGAAGAAAGAUAUAAUUUUGGUAGUUGGUUAUCUUUUUGUUUACCUUAUAUUUAAGUCUGAAAGAAAGACUGAAGAAAGGAUGGGAAAACUUGAGGGAGGUAGAGACAGAAGAUGUCUGGAGUUCCGUAAACCUCUAGAAAUGAGACGCCUCAGUUGAACUGCAAUAUACAGUGACCUCAAAAUUAUGCAAAUUAACUGGGAAUCCCUACUGAAGUAAAUUUGGGUUGAAUUAGUGUCAUGGUGGAAAAAGACAGAGAUUAGAGAAGAAAAUCCCAUUGAUGGUACAUGUUGCAGUAACAAUCAUUUUAAAAAUUAAUUGCAGUUAAAAAUAGGAGCUUUUGUAUGUUGUGUGAAAGCGAUGUGGAAGCUAGAAUGGUACUACAGAAGGGUAUUGAUCUAACUGUGUCCUAUCAGUUUACUUUGUUAAUUUAUUAUUAAUUAUUGUGGCUCUACCAGGACAAUGAAAAGGAGUUCUUGAAUAUACACUGGAAAAGGAUGAUUAGAAUAAUGGCAAUGCUUCCCUUUCGUUAAACAUAAUGAUCUUUAGGACAAAGUAGGGUUUUUGUACUGUACUGAUCAACUUAGAAAAGUUUUUAAUAUGGCUCUAUGGUUUGGAAAUUGCAAGAGUUGAUAAAAGGUUUAUUUUUUUUUAAUGUGCAUGCAUAAUAUGUUUGCUGCUGCUACUAAAAGUUUUGUUAAGCAGGUUGGUGAUGGAGGUCGAUUAGUUCCUGUCCGUAGCCUCAGUGAAGCUGAUAAAUAUCAACCCCUCAGUCUUGUUAUCAAGAAGAAAAACUGCUUUCUUUCUAAAAGUUCAAAAUUUAUUUCCACACCAUUCAGCCUAAAAGAUAUUCUUCAAGGAGAGAAAGAAAUAUCUGCAGGUAUUUCAUCCUAUCAAUUACUAAAUUAUGAAGACAAAUCUGAUGUAGCACUCAAUGGGAGGCAAGGAAAUCACAUCAUGAACUCUUCUGGGGUCAGUACUGCUGGAUCAGAUUCCCUUGCAGUGAAGGCUUCUUUCGGUAUUGUAACUAAACAUGAGGUUGAGGUACCGACAUUGCUCAGAGAAUUAACUAGUAGAAAAGUGGAUUUUGAACACUGCCUUGUUCGUCAGUCACGAGAAAGUAGUAGAACAGUUCUUUGUGUGGUCAUGGAGAGUAUUCGAACAACACGACAGUGUUCUCUCUCUGUUCAUGCUGGUAUGAGAGGUGACACCAUGAGAUUUCAUAUUAUUGAUGACCAUAAUUACAAAGGACGUGACAAAGCAAUUGUCUUUCCUGCACACACAACUAUUGCAUUUAGCGUGUUUGAGCUUUAUAUUCGCCUGGAUGGUAAUUUUGAACUCUGUGUCGCUCCAGAAUCAAAAGGAGGAUUUGAAAAAGAGCCAUCAAGAUCAUUUUCACUAACCAAAUUAAGGAAAAAUCUGUUUCAUCAAAACAAAAGGGUAAUGGAUAUCAUUGUCCACUCAGAUAAUUAUUUAGAUGACCUUUUUGCAGAUUAUUAUGAAAAAACAGCCAGCACGACUGACAUUUCCGCAAACUAUUUCCAAGAAGGAGCUCAUGCACGAGUGAAUUUGCUUAAUAACAACAUCCCUAAAGGUCCUUGUUCUUUAUGUGGCAUGGGAAGUUCCAGAAGGGAAACAGUGUAUGGUUGCCUUGAGUGUUCUUUUAAUGGACAGAAGUUUGUGCGACUCCACGCUGUGCCUUGUUUUGAUCUCUGGCACAAGAGAGUAAGGUAGAUUUUUGAUAAAUGUUUAAGGGCUGGCUCCAGAGUUAAUUGUACUUUGUUCCCAGUGAAACCAAUGGAACCAGCUAAGUUGCAGCUGUCUUUUCCUCUUGAUGUCAGUGGAAUUUAAAUGCAACUAACUUAAUCAGGGUCCAAUUCUGUAUCUUAACUAGGUUUGAUUGUGCCAUCAAGCUCUGUGAAUUUUGACUGCAAACACAUAAAAGACAGAACCACAAAGACUUUUAUUUGCUUCUAUGUUUUUAAAAGCAAGGUUUCUUGUUAUAAAAAUAAGUAUCGAUUUAGAAAUAACUUAAUAAAAUUUCUUU